AUGACAUCGUCUCUUCUAUCACUUUCUUCUGGCCCUCUUCUAUCACUUUUUCAAUCACACGGAGCCUCUUAUGUCACUUCUUCAACCAUUCGACUAAUCAAAAGCAAUCAGAGCGUUGGACAAUUGGCUGUUCGUAUCAGAGCUGUGUUCUGGCAUGGUAGAGGUGGACACCAAAUCCACAUUCUAUACUCCCGGUUCGACAUUACGCUUGCAAGACUCGCAAACGAAAAGUUUGCAUUACAACUGGGGGUUGGGGAAAGGGUACGAGAAUGCGUCGCCAAAGCACUUGUGGAACAAAUAAAGGGCUUAGCAAAGCCUGAUUUCGACCAUCGGCGUGCUGGAGUGCCAAGAGAUACGAUGCAUGCAUGGAUGAACGGAAGGAUCAGGAAUUCUGUAAAAAUGUCGUCGUAA